AUGGCUUCCAGCACACCUCUCGACCAGACGCUUCAGCAAAUAUUCGAGCGCAAUGACCAAUGGGCGCGUGAAAUCGAGACCGCUAUACCAGACUUCUUUCCGAACAGCGCCAAUGAACAGCAACGACCCAAGGUCCUCUGGAUCGGAUGUUCGGACUCGCGUGUCCCUGAAUCAGUGGUCACGGCGUCCAAGCCGGGCGAGAUAUUCGUGCACCGCAACAUCGCCAACCAGUUCCGUUCCGAAGAUCUCGACGCGCAGGCGGCCCUCCAAUUCGCAAUUGGUACCCUCGGCGUCACACACAUCGUUGUCGCAGGGCACACAAGGUGCGGGGGCACCCUUACGGCAUAUCUCAAAGGCCUGAAUGGCCGCUCACCGGAAACACCCCUCGACCGCUGGCUCGCGCCGCUGGUUGAGCUCGCGAGGGAAAAGGCCACAAGCUUGGAGGUAGAAGAGUUCACGGAGCUGAAUGUGAGAGUGCAGGUGGAUCAUCUUGUCGAAUCAGAGACGAUCAAAGCGGCAUGGGCCAGUGGCACAAAUGUUCAAGUGCACGGUUGGAUCUACGACCUGGAGACGGGGAGGCUGCGCGACCUGGGAAUCACCCAUACGAAGGAUCGAUGA